GUGUACAUCAUACUUCAUCAUCAUUUCAUUCAUGAUGAAAUAUUUUUAAAAAUAAAGAAAUAAAAUCUAAAAUAAAAACAAAAUUGGCUUCCUACAAACAAACAAACAAACCCGGGUGGAGGUCAUAGGUCAAACAGAAUCUUGGCUGCAUAAUAACAAUAUUUUGUGGAAUUGAAGAAAAAAUGUCAUGGUAGCAGUUGGAAAGGGGCGUGGCCACAAAGUGGGCAACUUUUGCCGGAUAUAAAAAAGUGGAUUUCGCUGCAUGUGCCUGCCUAACCGCUUCCAGUCGACUCUUUGACAGAAACAUCCAAACUGCAGCCCGUCGACAACUCCAACACCACAGGUCUUGUUCUCCUCAGGCGGCAUGGACGUAAGUAGCCCCCCGAAUUAUCAGUUGCAAGCACAGCACGCCGACCUUCUGUGCGGCAGCUGCCCGCCCGGUUCCGCCCCGCAGCCCGGCGCCGUCUGGCCCGGCCAGACGCCCGGGGGCGCCUUCCCCGUGUGGCCGGCGCAGCCCACCCAGCAGGUCCCGCAGGUCCCGCCCGCCCAGCAGGCCCCUCAGGCUGCGCCGUGCUGGACCGGGCAGCCGAACACCCCCUGCUGGUUAGGGACUCAACCGUUGCCGGUCUCUGGGCCCACCCCGCUUCCGGUCCCAGCUCAGAUAUUAACACCUUCUCCCGCCCCCGCCGCGGCUCCGGCUCAGGCCGUGGCUCCGGUUCAGAGUCAAAUCUGCCAGCCUUGUUGGCCGGGCCAAUACCAGCCUGCUCAACCUGUCCAGGCUCCCCAACCUCCGGUUCAGGCUCAGAUACCCUUUCAAGUACCAGCUGUAAAUCCGGUCGCUCCCCCAGCACCUGCCCCCGUUUCCGCCCCAGCUCACGCUCCGGCUCCGAGCCUCCAUCCAUCCGUCCCGUCGUGGGGCGCCCAUCCCGGCUGGCCUUACAACCCCGGGCAGCCGGGAUGGCCCGGACAGACCCCGGCCCUGGUUCCGCAACACUGGCUGCCGCCCACAUCGGGACCGCUGAGCGUACCGUACAACCUGAACCUGGCCCGAGGAGUGUACGAUAAGAUGAUGAUGACAAUCCUGGGGCAGAUCAAACCCAACGCGAAAAUGUUCACUAUAAACUUCCUCCGAGGCAACGACAUCGCCUUCCACAUCAACCCUCGCUUCACCGAGGGGGGCAAGCAGGUGCUGGUGCGCAACCACAAGUUGGGCGAGCGUUGGGGUCCCGAAGAGAGGGACCUGAAGGGACCCUUCCCCUUCGCCCUGGGGAGCCCCUUUGAGAUGAAGAUCCUGUGCACGCAGGAAUCGUUCCGCGUGGCGGUCAACAACAUUCCCUUGUUCGAGUUCCGCCACCGCGUCCGCGAGCUCAACCAGAUCAACAGAAUCAACAUCCUGCACGACGUGGUCCUCACCUACGUCAACGUGGAGACGCUUCCAUAGGAAAAUGGUCAAAUUCAGCAGCAGCGCCAACAACAUAUGUUGACAUUUCAUUGGGUGUGUGACAAUAUUACUCACUUGAGCUCCUUCACCAUUAGACGCACACUAAUAUUCAUAAAGAUGACACUGGUAUUGCAUUUUUAACAGCUUUAAUAUCAGUGCAUGUUCUACCACAUUAAUUUGUGCACAUUUUCCAUUAACA